AUGGACGAGGACCAGGCAAAUAGAACCAGUGAAUUUGAAACGAACGAUAGGUCUAUAGUGUUGUCAAGGAGGAAACGGUUUAUUGUUUUUCCCGAAGGAAGCUCUUUACAAGUUGUAUUCUGCGUCACUUAUCCAAUGUUGACAACAAUUGGUGAUAUAUUCCUGUUUGGUAACACCGCUGCUUUGGCAUUCGAGCUGCCUCAAGAUCCAUACUCACCGUUCAACCAUCAUGCUGAUCCACUGCAUAGAAGAAUGGACUCUAAAACUAUAUACUUUACUGACUAUGAUGGAAAAAUCAUACAUAAAGCUCCGUAUAAAAGGAGGCCCAUAGUGAAUCCAGCGUUUGCGAAGCGAAGCGUGGACUCGAAUUCGCAUCAAAAUGGAGCAAACGUAUUCAAAAUAGACAGGAGGGAAAUGCACGCUUCACAACACGAACGCGGCUUUUUGAAAAGCGAACAGAUGGAAGCGGCCAGUAUCGAAUUUCACAGGAGCGGACGUGCUGCACUCUACCAGAAAAUAGAGACAAUGUUACAAGGCUUGGGCGGAGACGGAACGCAAUGUUUAUUGAAAACAUUGUGUCUAGUCGCGCAGUCACGAAACCAUCCCCAGGGAGACUUCUUACAAGAAAUAUUGAGAGCUGUAUUUACGUUGCCACAGUCAAACAAGACGGAUGAAUAUUUAGAAGAAUAUGAUAUGGCUUCCAAAUCGACAGACUCGUGUGAUAAUUUAUACCCGCAUUGCAACGAACGUUUGGCCAAUAUUGAUUCACCAACAUUUAAUUAUUAA